AUCCACAUAAGUGAUGAUCACUGCAUGGAUCAAUGGAUGCAAGGGCUGAAAAGUUUGUUCAUAGGUGAAGAGGACUAAAGCAACAUGGGGAAAAAUCGUAAUGGACAAAAAGGUCAAUGUGAUCCCUCUGAAAAAAAUAUAUAUAUUUAUCUACGAGUCAGCGUCCAGUUCAAGUCUAAUGAUGGCUUUUAAUGGGAAAAUGCCUGUUUAGGUCAAAACAUUACAUUUUUAAGUGAAAUCAAUUUUUAAGAUCUUAUUUUACACACAAGAGUUUACAAUCCCAUUCACUCCGCGGACCACCUUAAAAGCAUUUGUCCCGCCCUCAACGCUUCCCUUGGCCGCUCUGAUUGGCUGAGACCUCAUGGAUGGAAGUGGCUGCAGAAAUGCAAAACUUGUUGCUAGCUCCUCUGGACGCGUUGAUCUCACACAGCGCCAAGCGGCAGAGCGGAGUGUGAGUGUAUCUGUGAAUCGCUCCCCGAGUGUACUCAGACCACACCAGACAAGAGUCGGUAAACGGAGGGGGACGCACCACGCGUCAGGAAAACGAAAACGGCACCGAGAGGGACUUAAGGCGCACGGCGAAGGAGGUGCAUGAUCGGCGGCGGGUGAAGGAUGCUGUCAAGCCGCUCCGUCGUUGUGGAGUGCGGGUAGUGCACGCCGCGCUGCUCCGGGUUCGGGUCGUGCAAACGGGACGCUCCGGUUCUCCGGUGCCUGGGGUUAGAAGAACCCGUGCUUGUGGACUUUCCAUCACACUGGACUUUUUGGCUUCGCGCCUGCUCAGCAGUUGUGCGAGGUUCUGAAGGAGAUCGGUGUGCAGUAUUUAUUUAAAGAGAGAUUUUCCCCCUCAAAGCCACAGAGGUAGUUUUAACUAGACGGCUCCAAUUGGACUUUCCCCCCUUCUUGUUUCCAGUAUGGGACCUUAUACAAAAAGUCGCUUUGGGACAUUUGACAUUGGACUGGAAUAAUGAAUUAGUAGACAAAAAUUGUCGUAUUCCUCCUUCGAUCGCUCCAGUUCUUCAGCGCUCUCCUUUUAGUUUGAUAGCGAGAUGUUUCGUGUCAUGUUCGUUCCGAAGAAAUGCGCACAGAAAAACUUUGGAAUAUGAUAAGCCGCUCGUGCAGCAAGUGAAAUAACAUUGUUUUGCAUUUGUCUGCUUAAUCGAAGACAAAGAGAAGAGCAGUCAAGUGCACGCUUCAAAUACGAGGACAGGGACAUAGUUAACGUGCGCAUUUGGACACAGUCUGUCUCCCUCUCUCCUCCUCGUCCUUGGAGAAGUUUAAAAAACAAAACAAAACAAAAAAACAAUUGAUCCACAACAAUGAGAACUUAUCCGGUGAGUUUCAACAUCUAAAGUAGAUCAAGCAGUUUAUUCAGCAGUGUAAUACAAACAGUUGAAUAGUUUCUUGUAUAUCUUUUUUUUUUCUUUUUUGCUUUUGGGGACAGACGGAAAAACUGGCAAACUGGCCGUCAUGUGGGAUUGAUUGCAAGGGAGUAUGUUUGGGCUGGAGCAGUUUGGUUCUCAGAUUAAUAGCAGAAACCCUGGCCAGUCAGAGAGAAACAUAAACCAACCGAGACUGAACAUGGGCUCCCAUUAUAAAAGCCCAGGUUUUCACGCUGGGGGCCCACCGGGCGCCGUGGAACCCGGCAUGGGCCCUCUGAGCGAGCCGCAAAUGCUCGGGCUCAAUAUGAACAUGAACGGAGAGCAGUAUGGGGGCUUUCACCCGCGGGGCCACUCGGACAUGCACGCGGGCGGCGGACUUCAGCAGCAGCAGCAGCAACAAGGACCCAUGCAUGGAUUUUUUAACAACCAGCAACCUCAUCAAGGACAUCCUCAUGGCCAUCAACCUCACCCCCACCAACAUCACCCUCAUUUCAGUGGGAAUUUUGGAGGCCCAGAGCCAGGUUCAUCAUGCCUGCAUGGUGGUAGGCUAAUGGGCUACAACAACAAUGGCAUGGGACCACAGCAGGGCUUUGGGGAAGGAUUUGAUCCUCUCGCCGAGGGACAGGCAGGGGAUGGCUUUCCCCAGCAGCAGCAGCAGCAGCGGCCUGGUAACAUGCCUGACUUUCAACAUCACGGGCCUCCCAGUGGGAGUCAUGCUGUCCCUGCCCCCUGUCUGCCCCUAGACCAGUCACCUAACAGAGCAGCAUCCUUCCAUGGUCUCCCUUCCUCUUCAUCCUCCUCCUCUGAGUCUCAUGGCCUGGAGCCUCGGCGGAUGCCAAACCAGGGAGCUGUAGAGGGAUUAGAGUAUAACUUCCCAAGUGAGCCACCAUCUGGACAUUUUGAUGUACCUGUAUUUUCCCCAUCAGAAUCAGAAUCUCAGUUACCCCAUUUCGGGCCAGGAAGGCCAGUUCCCAGUGGGAAUUUCCCAGGGAACCCUGGUAUGCCACGGACGCCAGGUAUGCAGGGCAUCUCUAAGGGACACCAGCCACCACCGCAGCCCCAGCAGCCUCAGCAUGGAGUGUUUUUUGAGCGUUUUGGAAAUGGCCGGAAGGUGCCCGUGGGAAUGGAGCCGGGGGUCAAUGCGAGACAUCCUCUCAUGCAGCAGCAACAACAGGCUGGCUUGAUAGCCAGACAGAACUCAUGCCCCCCUGGCCUCCCCCGACCCCCUCAGGCUGAGCCCGGCUCCACUAACCCUAACAUUCUGGACGGAGGGGUCAUGAUGCCUGGCCAACAUAACCAGUUUGAAUAUCCCAUUCACAGACUGGAAAAUAGGGGUCUGCACCCCUAUGGGGACCCCAUGUUUAAUAUGCAACAGCCAGCUCCUCCUCCCUCCCAACAGCCCCCGAAUCAGAGGCUGCAACACUUUGACUCUCCUUAUAUGAACAUGGCGAAAAGGCCUAGAUUUGACUUUCCUAAUGCACAUGGUGGUGAAGGCUGGUGUGGCGGUAUGGAUAACCACCUCUCUCCCUCCGCCUACCCUGGCCUGCCUGGUGAGUUCACCCCGCCUGUGAGUGAGGGUUUCCCACCGGGUCCGCUGCAACAUCCAGGGCCUGAGCAGCAGUCUCUGCAGCAACGCCAGAAUGCAGCCAUGAUGAUAAAACAGAUGGCGUCACGCAACCAGCAGCAGAGGAUGAGGCAGCCCAGUCUGCAGCAGCUGGGUCACCAUGGCGAAGUUCCUCCCGGCCCAAUGGCUCACGGAGGCCCAGUUGGGAACAUGCCUCAGCCCAACUUUGACAGGGAGAAUGGUGGCAGGAUGCCCAACAUUGAUGGACAAAAUCCCCAUGUCACUCAGGAGAACUCCUGGUUCCAAGGGUCCCACCCACCAGGGGAGAUGAUGUCACGACGUAUGGGUGGAGCGGGUAAUGAAUCAGGGCCCCAUGACAUGGGGCUACAGCAGAAUGGGCCUGGGAUGAUGUUUAGGCCAGGAAUGGGCAUGCAGGAGCCCAUGAGAAUACCAGGAGACGGGCAUGUGCAGGCUCUCCAUUCCCCGGGCAUGCACUCACAAUUCAGCGGCAACAUGGGCAACCUCUCACAAAUGCAGUCUCCAGGAGCAGGAGCAGGGCAUCCGAAUGCACCAGCAGAGAGGCGGCCAGCUGACUUCCCUGCACCUCCAAUGGGAGCGCAGCCAACGUUUCCCUAUGGGGGGGCUAACCGUCAGGGGCCGGCCCACAGCGCUCCCCAGGGGGUGAGCACCUCACCAGGGAGCUACCCUCCUCAGUCUGAGUUCCCCCCAGGCCAGCGGUCGUCUGUUAGUAAGCUUGGAGCUCUGUCCCUCGGGAACUUCAACAAAACCAGCACUAAAGACAGUGUUUUCGGCCAGAGCUGCCUGGCGGCCCUUUCUACAGCCUGCCAGAACAUGAUCGCUAGCCUAGGGGCCCCCAAUCUUAACGUAACAUUCAACAAGAAGAACCAAAAUGAGGGCAAGCGAAAACUGAGUCAGACAGAGCAGGACAUUAAUAGCAGCACAUCUAAUGGGACUGGCAGUGCUGGUCCUGAAUAUUUUCAGAGCAGCACUUCCCAGAACAGCCAGAUGCCUGGCACCGGGAAUAGCAACUCUAAGCCUGCAAGUCAAAGCCAGACGGUGCAGGGGGAAGCCAGUGCCCUCUCCCCAAAUUACAACAUGGACGCUACCCCAUGCAGUGAGGGGAAGGCAACAACAGGGAGUGGGAGAGGGAGAGGGAGGAGAAAAAGAGACAGUGGACAUGUGAGCCCUGGAAUUUUUUUUUCCUCUGACAAUGGUAACCCUGUUGUAAGUCCAGGCCAGCAGACCCCCUCGGCUGGCGUUGGGGAGAGGGGUGGGGGCACGCCCCAUGAGAAACACCUCCAGUCACCCUCUUGGGGGAAAGGAGGCGACAUAAUGUUGGGGGACCAGGCAGACCUGAUGUCUUCUUUGGACAGUGGCAUUCAAAGUGUCGCCAAGUCUGACAGUAGCUCACCGCGAGUGGAUUUUCCUGACGAUGUCAGCACCCACUAUGGCAACGAGGAUGAGGUGUCCUCCAGCUCAGAUGCAGGAGGGGCCUCGGCCACCAAGCCUAAUCGCAGCCCUAUGAUCACCGGCUCACCCAAAAUGCAGAGGAGUGACCAUGGGUUGAUAAAUGGACAGAAGCCCCUGGGCAUGGGCAUUAACAAUCAUACUACCUCGACGCCAGACAGCUAUGGACUGAACGCUGGUGGGGGCACAGGGGCCAGUGGGGUGAGCCACCCGGGCACUCCUGGGGUGGAGCAGGUACGCACCCCAUCCAGCACCUCUGGCCAGGAAGAAAUCCAUCCUCUGGAGAUUCUGCAGGCCCAGAUCCAGCUACAGCGGCAGCAAUUCAGCAUCUCUGAGGACCAGCCCCUGGCCAUGAAGAAUGGCAAAAAGAAUGGCGACUGUCCCUCGCAGAACGGAGACAAUGAGCUGGCGAGCUGCAGCCCGGAUGCUGGGAAGGGCUCAAUGGGCACUAUUGACCUUGACACCCUCAUGGCAGAGCAGCACGCCACCUGGUACGUGCCCAGUGACAAGGCCAUGAUGGAUGGGUCAGAGGAUGACAAGGCCAUGGGACCCUGGGAAAAAAAUAAGAGCCAAAACAGUAAAGAAGAAUCGGAGCUGUCCCAAAGUAAGGCUGGAGCUGGGGCCCCGGGUGCCGGAGGAGGAGGAGGAGGUGGGAGCAGUGGAGGGAACCACCUGCAGUGCCUGUCCGUCCACUGCACAGAUGAGCUGGGGGACAGUAAGGGCAGAGGGGGGCCCGUCUCGUCCUGGCGCUCUCUCCACUCUGAUAUCUCCAACCGGUUUGGGACAUUUGUGGCGGCGCUGACUUGAGCGAAAAGCAGGCCCAGCAGGAGGAAGGACAGAGGAUGACAAAAUAAGAGGAAGGAAAGAUUAAGAGACAAAUAAUGAUGAUGAUGAUGAUAAGGUGUCGAUGAGGCAACUGCGAGCGGCUCUUGCCUGUUCAGGGAGAGAAAGACAUUUACACUCAUAAAUACAAACAUGAACGCAGACACUCAAACACACACACAUACACACACACACACACACACACACACACACACACACACACACACACACACACAUACACAUACACAUACACACACAGAUACACACAUGCAAAUACCAUGUUUUUUCUGAUACAUGCAGUCACACUUUAGGAUGCGCUCUCACAUACUGCUGGACAAUACAGCUUGGGCUCUUCUCGACGAUGCCCAAAUCUGGAAAACCUCAAAUCAAUAUUUUUUUUAAUUUUAUUUUCUUUGUUGAAGAAAAAUAAAGAAAUGUCAAAGGACGAGAAUACGAAACCAGAAGAAGCAGACGAAGAGAUAUUCAGUUGUCAUUGGAUGCGAUUGUAUACCAGUGUUUGUUGCCUGCUGUCACCUCAAUUGUGCUUACAGCUCCUACGUGUGCAUUAUCCUUCCAGUCAAGGCUGUUUGUUACCCAAAAUUUACAGUCUCCUAAAGAACAGAAAUAGGGAUUUUUUUCCUCCCACACACUCAAAUGAGGCCUGCUGGUUCAUUAGAGGAGGCCUGAGCACCGUGAAGCAGAACUAGAGGAAGAUGGGAAGAGGGGUGAUCGUGCAUGAAUGUAACCCAACGAUUUUUUUUGUGAGCGUAACUUUUCCCCUCUUUGUCAAAGCAAAAUUUUACCUUUAUGAUUUGAUUCCCUUAAUCAUUUAAGAUUUGUUUUAGUUCUCUAUUCUUUAUAUUGGCAAGAAUAUCUUUCCCUCCUUCUCUUCUCUUCUCCACUCGUCUUAUGAGCUCAGCCACUCGUACACUCGUGUACAAUUCAUCCAAUGGGAACUGAAAGUGGAGAUCAAGGGAUUGUUUAAUAAGGGAAUUGAGAAAAAAAGACUAUUGGUAUUGCACAUGUAUAAUAAGAGAAAAUUUGCUGUGUGUUAGGCAAUCUUGUAAUCUUUAAAUAAAGCUUCUGUUGAAUUUGAAUUUCUGAAACAAUAGAUGGAGGACUGUGACGGCAAUUUACGAACUGAUUUUUGUUUUGUUUUCCUUUUUUUAAUAAUAUGUAAAGUGCAGUCGUCUGUUUUCCUGCAUAUUGUAUAUAUCUGUAUAUGUUUUAUUGAGUAACUAAAUAACAAUAAAUAUGACGUUAAAGGUG